AUGAAGGCCCUCAUCGCCAUUGCUGGCCUCUUCUUGGCCGUCACAGCAAUGUGUCAAGACUUGAGUCCGGUCUUUAACCUUUCCCCAUGCCCCAGAUCUUGCGCAAUGGAAACCUCCGGAAGGGCCAAGGAAUUUGGCUGUUCCCCUGGUGAUAUUGCCUGCCUUUGCAAGAACAAGGAGUACCAGCCCGCACUCAUGGAAUGUGCAAAAAAAUGCAAGCCUGAGGAAAUCGAGGCCUUGGCUAAAGCUGGCCGCGAGGUUUGUGACAGUGCAGGCGUCUCUAUUCCUCCCGCGACUGGCGCAGAUAUUACCAUUCCCGUUCCCACGGUGCAAUUGCCAUCUGCUCCUGUCCCUGAACUCCCCUCGGUUACCGUCCCCCCUUUGCCUGAAUUACCAACUGGUUUACCCCUUCCUUCUCUCCCAUCAGUUCCAAACCUACCUCCCAAUGCUGGAGUUGAAGGUACUACUACAACUUCCGCUCCUAGCUCCAUGCCCAUUCUCCCUAUCGAAUCGAGCGACACCACCUCUCAAAAUCCGGCCUUGACUCCUUCGGCCUCAGGCCCCAGCAGUAGCAUCGAUCCAUCCCUUGGGGCCGCCAACCUCCUAUCACCCGUACAUAAUGGUGUCAUCUACAUCGUUCUCCUUGCCCUGGCCUUUUAA